UCCACCAAAAAGAUUGUUUCAACUCAAAAAACCGAUGGCUCGAUUAAAUUGAACGAACAUAUUACUGAGCAACUUGAUAUUUCUUCUGACAACAUAAUAAAGACAGUUCAUAAUUAUGGCGUUAGCGAUAAAUUAAAAAAUGUCUCUCAAAAUGCAUGGGAAACGGCUUUAAAUCUCAGAUAUAUGACUAUUUCUUCACAAACUCAAGAUCAAGUCGAUAAAUACAAAGAUCAAUCCGAGAAAGCCAAACAGUACCUUAUUAAAGAACUUAAAGAUGAGAAGUUAAUAGAAGAGCUAUUAACUAUUUCGAAUAAAAUUAUUAUUGAACAAAGCAUUCAGAAAGAAAAGAAAGAUGCCGUUGCUACCGUUCAACAAUCUACUUCAACUGAGAAGGUCCACAAUAUUGUAUCGAACCAAAAAGAAGAUAGGUCCUUACAAUUGACCGAGACGAUUUAUAAGGAGCUCGAAAUUGAUACUACCGAUUC